AUGAAACCUGCCACUGCCAUCACAAAGAUCACCGAAGCCGCACGCUCGGUGCAGCUGCUCCAGAUCGACGGCUACUCUGCAACCGAGAGCAUGAGCCAAAAAGAUUACAUCGGAUCCACAUGGAACGUCGACGGGUACGAGUGGGAGGUUCGCGUCUACCCUGAAUACGACUACAGCAGGUCGAGUUGGGUAGCUCUGAGGCUCAUCAUCCUCAGCAAACCUCGCACCGUCGAGGUCAGGGCACACUUCACUGGCCGGCUAGUGGAUCCGAGCGGGCGUCUUCAACCAUCCGAAGGGGACAGUAUCUCCCAUAAGCGUGACGAGAUAGCACCGGGCUAUCUCGAGAACGAUUCCUUGACGGUGGAGUGCGCCAUCACCGUGCUCAGAGAGCUACCGGAGGUAGUCUUCCCGGCCACCAAGGAGGAGGAGGUGCCUCCGCCGACGCCAUCCUCUGACCUGCACAAGCACCUGGGCGAGCUCUUGAGAGCCAGAAGGGCGCCGACGUCACGUUCCUGCUCGCGUCCGGUGGCGAGCGGUUUCCGGCGCACAAGAGCGUCCUCGCCGCGAGGUCUCGGGUCUUCAUGGCUGAGUUCUUCGGCUGCAUGGAGGAGCGGACCCCUCGGGUCGUGGAGGUCCAGGACGUGGACCCCGCGGCGUUCGAGGCCAUGCUUCGCUUCGUUCGUCUACACCGACGUGGCGCCACCAGAGCUCGAUGACGACGAGCCGGCGGCGGCGGUGACGAUGGCCCAGAACCUUCUGGCGGCGGCUGACAGGUACGGGCUCGACAGGCUCAAGGCGAUCUGCGAGGCCAAGCUCGCUGGCCGCGUCGACGUCGGCACCGCGGCCACGACGCUGGCGCUGGCCGAGCAGCAUGGCUGCGCGCUGCUCAAGGCCAAGUGCGUCGACUUCGUCACUGGGUCCACUGAAACGCUCGACGCCGUGUUGGCGACGGAGGGGUACGCGCAUCUCGCGGCCAGCUGCCCGUUGGUGUUGGCUGAACUCCUCAAGUCUGCGCGUGGAAGGAAGAAUUGA